AUGAAAUGCUUCUAUUCUACCCCUAUGAACGGUAGUAAGGCAGCGCGUACCUCCGCUCCCGUAGCAUGGGAAGGUGUGGAGGUAAAGCUCCCGCCAGAGGUGUCGACUGGAAUAUCUCUGGACACUCGUCGUCGCGUGCCCCGUUGUCCUAAUGUUCAUGUCGUUGACUACUCGCCUAAUGAGAGAAGGCGCACAGGAGACUCGUCUCAGGUGAUGGAUGAUGAGGCCCUGCACAAAGGAAUGAAGCAGCAUAUGCGCUGGCUUCUGGAGCAUUUCAACAGUGGCGUUGUUCAGUUGCAGAAUAAUUACGCGGCACCUCGCGCCAAGAUUAUAUCACCGCUUAGCUACAUGCUCGGUUUAAGUUCCAAAUAUCUCCACUCUGCUCGUGAUCAACAGGUGGAUAUGUCCAUCUUCAGGGAUGCUGCCGAUCCUGCAUUGCCAUUCGCCAUUUCAAAAAUCUUCCAUCGUGAGUUGUCUGCGACAAAUGUAGACACCCCGGAAAAGUCUCCGGAUGAGGGCGCUGACGUCUUUGAUGUUGCGACGCUCUUGCGCAGCGUCGACAAGUUCGGCGGUGUAGAGGUCUCUGAUGAGGACGAUGCUUCUGGGGACGAUAGCUCGUCACUGGACUCCGAUGACACAUCGGACAAUGGAGAGAAUGCUAAGACAUCUACGGAGAGUGCUGGUAAUAAGAACCCGGAACCUUUAGCUACUGGCGAUAUGCGGACUGCUGGGCAUGACAAGCUGAAACAGCUACGAUCACGAGGCAAUGAUUCGGCUUCUCUUCCAAACCUUGAAGAUACGAUAUUGCAUGAUUAUUAUGCUCCUAAGGGCGUUAAGCGCUUGGACAUAUCUGGCAUAGAAUCGCAACUGCUCAGUAACAAGGAUGUUGUUUCAGCCGACGCCAAAGGUUCGAAGGACUGCUCAAGACUAGAAGAGACUUUACUGUCGGUGCUAGAUAAGGGCGAUACUUUAGGAUUUUCAAGGUUGAUUUCGUCCUUGAGCGUCGACAAGGUUAAGCUUCGACCGCAGCUCGUUGACGACAUUCUCGUUUGGAAAAGCUGGCUGAUAAAUGGGCAGCAUCUCUGUUUCUACGGUGCUGGGUCAAAGCGCCAAUUGAUACGCUCCUUUAUGGAGGUUGCGUUGCGUGACGGAGCAUGCCUAACUAUAGAUGGUCACCGUCUGAAAGGUACUACGUGCGAUAAUAUUUGGCACCUCUUGAGACGCCGGUUGUUUUCACGCAAGCAGAAGGUCACUCUAGCAGAGUCUCGGAAGGUAUGGUUGAACUGCGCCCUGCCUCUUCAUCUUAUCCAGACUGUAUUAGCUUGCGUUUCAAAGCUUAAUAAGCCCUUUUACCUCGUGGUGCUGGGUUUAGAGGUAAUGGCUAUAAGCGACGCCUUACGCACACUAAGGCCACUAUUGAGGGUCGGAAAUGUGCACCUGGUUGGUACGAUGGACCAUUUACGUUCAAGUUUGAUUGUUCCUUCGUUGGAUCCGAUAUUACGAAACUACCGUUUGGUGUGUGUUAAUACUGGUAUGGACUACCGCUCCGAACUGGUGUCCCUGUGGGACCGGACGCCUCCUCGUUAUGUUUUGCGUGAGGACAACCAGAGAAGUGCAGGUGAGCUGCAAGCCAUCAUUGCUGCUUUGAACGUGAACCACCGCCAAUUGUUCUCUUUGAUUGCGAAGAUUCAAUUGGCUGAGUGCAGUAGCGGCAAGCGUUUCGAUGGUAUCGAAAAAUAUGGCCUAUUGCGGGAACGUCGUGCAAUUACCAUUUGCAAUAGUGAGAGCAAAUUGGACGCUCUCCUUACGGAGUUCAUAACGCACAAUCUGAUCGAGCAAUCACGUGGUCCUGGUGGUAAGCUGUACUUGAUGAUCCCCUUUCCGCCAUAUGAUACUGACCCAUUGAUUCGUCGUCCUAGCAACGCCGGUGAUAGCUCAGUUGGUAGAGCGGCAGACUGUAGAUCUGAUGGUCCUCGGUUCGAUUCCGGGUCACCGGACAUUUUUACAUAA